CCUCUCACAACUGCGCCUCGGUGCAAUCCACAAAAACACACUCCGAUCUACAACUCAGCUUUUCCCUGUGCUUCAGAACCCACAGAAGGGAAAACACAAGGCUUCCAAUCACUUCACAUCACUGCCAUAAGAGGAAUGUAAUCAAGCACAGUCACAGAGCUUCUUACUGAACACAGAUCUGGUGUGUGCUGUGGUGGAAAUGGAAACAGGCAGGCCUCCAUCUGUUAUUAACAUCGGGGAUGGCAGGUCUUUCUCCAGGGUUGAAUUUUUGUCCUUACUGGACACGUACAACUGCUUCUUAAGAGACAAGUCUCAUCUUCACCUUCACUAUCAUGAGAAUGCUGGAGAGGUGACAGUUGAGGGCUUCCUGGUGAUCUCCUGGGGCGUGAAGAGGCCCAUCCGCCUGAUGAUCCAGGAUGAGAGACAGAUCCUCCCGUGUGAAAAUCCACAGUCAUCUCUGGAGGGUCACGAGCCCAUCAGUCCCCCUGGAGGCAAGAGAGGCAUGACGCGCUGGGGAGAGUUUGACGAUCUCCUCUGCAUCGAUGAACUGGAAGAGAGCAAGCCCAACCUUCUAGAGGACCAUCCUGUCCUCACACAAACCAGCAGCUAUGAGAGCAGCACCCUGAGGGCGCCCCGUCCCAAGCCCAUCACGGAGGAGAGCUCUGUCCUCUUCCGCACCCUCAGCGACGCCUCACUGGUCAAGAAGAGAGUCAAGAGCAAGACGGCGGCCGAGAGACAGCGCGCACGACAGCACCGAUUCUCCAUCAACGGACACUUCUACAACUAUAAGACGUCCAUCUUCACUCCUACCUAUGGCACCACCACCAACGUACGCAUCGACAGCCGGAUGAAGACCCAGGAGGUCAUCAGCCAGCUCCUGCACAAAUUUAAGAUAGAAAAUGCCCCAAAUGAAUUUGCUCUCUACUGCAUUCACCAAAGUGGCGAGCGGAGGAAGCUGGCCUCCACUGACCUGCCUCUGCUGGAGCGGGUCCUCCAGGGUCCCUCAGAGAGCAUCAUGAGGGUCUUCUUGAUGGACACUGACGAGCAGGAGGUUAGCAAUGAUGUGGCGCAGUAUCUAAACCUGGAGCUGCCCAUCCUGGAGAGGGUUCUCUGGACGUUACAAGACGAAGAGAAUCGGCAAGUUCAAAGGGUCAUCUCAAAGUACCGACAGCAACACCACCUCUUGACCCACUUUCUGACCUCAAAGCUGGCGCCCAAGACAGAGACCGCAGUGUGACGGGCAGCUGCCCAGGACUGGCAGGCCCCUCUGUGAGCCCGUCGCUGGCACCACCGGCAGGCCAGACUGGGCUUUUGGCGUCGGUGUCUGGGGUGCAUAUGGCACAGUAAAAACCUCACUCUGAACUCUCCACUGGUUGGAAACUGGGACUGUAUUGCAGUCAUUUUUGAGAAAAUAAUGUUUAUAGGAUUUUUAUGGGGGUGUAUUACUGUUGUAUAUGACUCAGAUUCAUGUGAAUAAACAUCUAAGUUUCAUUUAA